AUGUUCCGUAUAACUUGUAUUUUACUUGUCAGUUUGGCUUCUGCGCAAUUCAACGGAGGACCACGAGGUGGAAACGGUGGAAGAUUUGCUGAUGGUCCAAAUGGAUUUGCAAUCGAGCAGGAGCGAGGUGGUUUCAACAACGGACCUGGUGGAUUUAACAAUGGACCAAGAGGCCCAGGAGGAUUCAAUAACGGUCCGGGGGAUGGCAUCGGAUAUAAUAACAACAAUCAAGCCCUUUACGAAGCCAAGGGAAGACUUGUUUGUGGAUUGAAUCCACUGAAUAAUGUUCAAGUGGUUUUAUGGGAUCGUCAAAAUGGAAUCUACGAGCAAGCCCAAACUGAUGUUAUUGGUGGAUUCAGACUUCGUGCUACUUCGGGAAAUCAACCAUUUAUUCGACCAUUUUUGACAAUUGCUCAUGAUUGUAACGAUGAACAAACGGUUAGUUUUACUUGCAAAAAAAAUUCCAGAACUUUUGAAUUAAAUUUAAUAUUUUUCAGCCUGGUUUGCGUAAAAUGACUGUUCAACUUCCAUCUGGGUACACAAACCAAGGCACUUUGGCUUUGAAAAGUUUCGACAUUGGAACUUGGAAUUUGGAAACCGUAUUUUCUGGCGAAGAAUUCGAUACACCCAGCAGAUCCCCACAAAACUUUUUGGGAUAUUUCAAUCACAAUUUUGGAGGUCAUCAACGUGGCGGCCCAAUUAUUAAUGUCGCCUAA